AUGUCCUCGAACAGCCGGGCGCAAUCUUCAUCACCCGGCGCCGAGGAGGAUCCCGAUCUUGCACUGGCAAUUGCACUUUCCUUACAGGAACAAGAGGACAUCGGGAUUGAGUGUGUGAAAACUGCAACCGUUCCGGAAAGACAUGUGGAAAAGACCACGAAGCCAGCUCCUGUUACCAAUUUCGGUGCUCUGAUUCUUGACAGGAAGAAGAUGGAGGAAGAGCGGCUUGCCAGGCUAAAGAAACGUUCGGCAACCCAAGCUGAGCUGGAUGAUGAUCAGUCUCGGAGACCGAAGAUACAGCGGCCUGAAGCGCCUUCAAAACGCAGCACUUCCGACGCAUCUCCCGGCCUACCCAGAAAAGCUCCCACAGCAGGAGAUUCACCUAGUCUGCCGUUCCCAAAUGGCGUGUUCAAGCGGACCUGGGCACUCGGAUACCCUAGAAAUGGCGAGGAUAUCAAAAUCGAGGAAGUCCUCCAAAAGGACAAGUUGCAGCUGGCCGUGCUCUCAUCCUUUCAGUGGGAUGAGGAAUGGCUACUCGGAAAGGUCGACGCCAGACAGACCAAGAUGCUGCUCAUUGCCUAUGCAAACAACGAGGCCGAGAAAGCUACCAUACGCGCGAAUGCCCCGACCGGCCUCGUCAGGUUCUGCUUUCCGCCAAUGCACGGAGGGUACAUGCACUCCAAGCUGCAGAUCCUGAAGUAUGAAGGUUAUCUCCGCAUCGUAAUUCCCUCCGGCAAUCUGGUUCCCUACGACUGGGGAGAGACCGGUGUUCUGGAAAACAUGGUUUUCUUGAUCGACCUUCCCAGGAUCGGGGGUACGCAUCAGACUGCACCCCCGGCGGGGACGGCGUUUGGAACGGAGCUCCGGCGCUUCCUGCGAGCUCUCGGCCUCGACGAGAAACUGGUCAAGAGCCUGGACAAUUACGACUUCUCCAAGACAAGCCGAUACGGCUUCGUUCACUCCAUCUUAGGCCUGGCCACCGAGGAACCCGUUAACAUCGACUACGUGGGGACGUUGCUAAUCAAUUUGUCAUCCAAGGCAUCUUCACUGGGCUCGUUGACCCAUGAUUACUUAACGGCGAUUUACCAUGCCUGCCAAGGCGAUUCUGGCAUGAAAGAAUACGAAGCCAGACAGUCCAAACCGACCAGAAACAAGGCCGCAAAAGCUGGCUUGGCCGGUUCUAGACCGCUCGGCGAGGGGACGCUUCAAUGGCAGCAUCAUUUCCGCAUCUACUUUCCUACCGAAAAGACCGUUUCUAGUAGCCGGGGCGGUCGAUCUUCUGCCGGCACCAUUUGCUUCCAAGAGAAAUGGUGGAAAUCGUCCACCUUCCCCCGAGAAUUACUACGAGAUUGCCAGAGUGUCCGAAGCGGCUUACUGCUGCAUAGCAAAUCCAUCUUCGUCCGGGGGCGCGCGGGCGGCGACGCAGCCUGGGCAUAUGUGGGUAGUGCAAACCUGUCGGAGAGCGCCUGGGGCCGGCUGGUGAAGGAUCGGGAGUCGGGAGCGGCCAAACUCACCUGUCGUAAUUGGGAGUGCGGCGUGUUAGUUGCGGUGGAAGGCAAUCCAACGGGCACCGCGGACUCUGGAACACGGCCAGGAGUCGACCAAGAUGCACACUCGCGCCGCCAUCCAUGGGCGCGGGUGCAGGCGCAAACGCUGGAGGGGUACGCCAGGGAUGAGGAGACGUCGACAAGCAGGGGGGUCGCCGCUGCGACGGCGGCAGACAGUGAGGAGAACCGGCGGCAGCAACAGCUCGAUCGGGACGAAUCAGCGGGCCUCGAUGAAGUGUUUGGAACGACGGUGCCCAUCCCGAUGAAGGUGCCGGCGGGGCGCUACAUGUCAGAUGAAUCGGCAGCCAGCCGGCCAUGGUUCUUCAUGAAGGCCGACUGA